GCGGCCCCACUAUUUAUUAAUGCACUCCAUUUUUUAUUUUUCUUCCAAAAUAACCCCAAAAAUAGACUCCUCUAAUUCCCUAUCCCUUUGUCAAUCUGCAACGAAAUCAUUGAAGGAGAAGGCUUUUCUACCAUCGAUCCCAACAGCCAUCAGUAACAGGGUAAUGGUAAUCAGUAGUAAUACAGAAUGAGUGCAAGCAGUUUGGUAGCAGAGGCAGUAUGGAAGGAAAUUGAGUCUACACACUCAGCAAUCCUGGAUGUUACCGAAAAGUGCAUACAAAUGCUGCUAAUGCAGCCACAAUUGCAAUCACAAUGUGGUUGCAGAAACCCAAUGUUCCUUCAUGUUCUGGUUGCAAUUAUGGGUGUGGCCUGUUUUUUAAAACCUUGCUUUAAAUUAUUGACUCAUGACCCAAGACCCUCUUACUUUCAUGUCACAGUGAAUGAUGAUCAACUUUGGACUUUGCAUUUCUUGUUUGGCAAGAACUUUGAGGGAGCCACUAGAAUUGUCGACCAAAGAGGUGUUAGCAAGAUAUCUGCUCACCCCAGUGGAAGGUUUAUCUUUCAGGUUACAGGGGAAUCCCGAAGAAAAGACCAGUAUCUGUGUUUUCCUGAAAAUUUUUGCGCUUGUUAUUCGUUCUUCUAUGAUGUUGUCAACAGAGGAGAACAACUUUGUUGUAAACAUCAACUAGCUGCAAGACUUGCUGCAUCUUUGGGAUCUUAUGUUGAAGUUAAGGUGUCUGAUGAGGAGCUAGCUGUGCUACUGUCCAAAGUAUAGCCCUUGCUAUGAAGAACAAUUUGUAAUUUUUUUAGUAUUGGUUUUAUGGAGCAAAGAACAUAUCAUUCUUAGAUUUAGUUAACAGUGAAGAUCUCAGGUCAAAUAACAUAAAGAAAAUAAUGCUUUUCGCUAAUUUAACUUUUUGUCAUCAACUCAUCAUCAAUAUUAUUAUUAGUUUUUUAAUAAAGGAAAUUCUAACAGGUUUAAAUUAUAUAGGAAGAAUUUGAACCAGCAAACUGAGCAUUAUCAACAAGGACAAGAAUAAAAAAUAAAAUUAAUUCAAAUAAACACAUCUUAAGACUAAUUAAAGUAAAGUAAAACAAAUUAGAGCAAACUAAAAUAAACUAUAUGUGGGAUGUAAAUAAAAUAGACACAUGUCCUAAUAAACUAUCCUACAUGGGAAAUUAGAAUUGGAGAAUAGACUUUUGUUGGUUGGAGAUGGAAGUGAAAUUGGAGGCGCAGGUUUUAUAGUUGUGAGGAAGAUGAGUUGCAUCAGUUACGGCUUAUUUGAUCUGGGGCAACAUUGACCAGAGAAGUACCAGAUUCUUGGACUUGGAAUAAAACUGCAGAUGGGAAAUUUUCGGUAGCAUCAACAUAUGUUUUGGUUAGUGAAGGCAUGACUGUUAAUACAUAUCAGCAUGAGUUCAUAUCAAAUAGCUUUUGGAAAUGUGUUCUUCCUUCCAAAGUUCUGGUUUUUUAAUGGAAGCUUUUGUGGGGAAGACUACCAACUUGUGAGGCUUUACAAAAUAGAGGAGGGGUGUUUCUUGAACGACCUGGUUGUGAGUUCGAUCUUGACACUUUAAAUCACAUUUUUGUGCAGUGUCAGUUUUCUCAGCAGGUUUGGAAUUCUAUUUUUUAUGGUUCAAAUUAAUUUGGUGCAACAUCAUUACAUUCAAUUUGAAUCUUUGUUUAGAGGAAAGAAGCUGCGAAGGGUUAGAUUACUUGUAUGGCAUGCUACAUGUUGGUGUUUAUGGUUGUAUCGAAAUUCUGUAAUUUUCAAGGAUAAUUUCUUUCCUGAUGUGCAGAAUGUGGUUUAUCAUAUUCAGAGAAUUUCUUGGACCUGGAUGAAAUAUAAGGGACAUGGUUCUAGUUC